AUGCCACAGCAAGAGCAGUCGGAACAUGUCUCCACCGAGUCCGAACAAAUAGCAACAUGCAUAAAACGCAUACUGGAUUCGAUCCGGUGCAUAAAACCCCAACUAGUGUGCUUUUAUAGAUCCAUCAAUCUAGAAGCUUUGGGCCUGCAAAUCAAACAACUGUGCAGCUUAUUGCGUUCGGACUCCAACUCCCGCGCAGUGAAGCAAGAGAAAACCGAUCACAGCCCUCCACCUGGACAGGAUUAUCUAUUAGGUGUUUGCCGCACCAAACCCCCAAUAAAAAAGCCUACAGUUUACAAAAUCAUACAUUCAACGCGUUACGAUAGCGGAAAAGCGCACAAAACUUACGGCAGAGCAAAACUCAACAUGGGCGACAACAUUACACAAGAGAAUAUCCAGGGUGUGGUAAAUUAUGCAACCGCGAUCAGGGUUGACAUCACACAUGCCACCAAAAUGUUGUGCGUUUUAGAAGAUCUCAUUAGGAUGCUUGACCACAAAUAUUGCAAGCGUGGAAAACCGGAUAUCAAGGUGGCGAGUCAAAAGGAUGUCCAGGUUAGUAGCAAUUCAGGUGAAAUUAGCCAAGUGCGCCGGACAUUCGGAAGUUUGAGUGAAUGUGUGUCCCGUAUCAACUCCAGACGUCACAUGGACCGUAUUUUAAUCCAUCUCAGACGUCGGAGUACUGCAAAUUCACUCAUUUACUUGAUCGAUCAGGAACGUCAUAAGAAAUCACCUUGGCGAUUG